GGCCCUCCCCUGGGCUGAGUGCCUCGCGGGCUUGGGGCGUUGCCUUGAGCCUGGGGCUGAGCUCGCUCGGAUCCCCCUCGGCUCGGCUGGAGAAGGGGGGCAGGAGGAGUCGCGCGCGUCCUGCCCACCCAGCUUUCUCGUCGGCUUGGCCCUGCUCGGGUUCGCCUUGACAGGCGUGCGGCGCAGCCAGUGCGCGGAGGGGAAGCCGAUCGGGCGCACGCGAAGCUGCCCAGAGCAGAGGGGCGGGGAGGGCCGCGCUUUCCCUGCUUGCCUUGCCUUCCUUGCCUGCCUGCCUCCAUUCAUUCGAGCCUGUGCAACAGGACGAGCCCACGGGGCGGGGGAUCCUGCCUGCGAGAGCUUCGGCAGCCCGCCCCUCUCGACCGCCUGUCCGCCCCUCUCGCGGCUAGGGGGCCGUCCGAAGGCGCCCAGCCCCGCCGCGCAGCGCCGCCGCCGCGCUCGGGACCUUGCCGGGAACUUGGGGAGGGGGCGCAUUGCCCAGCCGGAGCCGAGCGCGGCGAUGUCCGACCCGGCGGUCAACGCGCACCUGGAAGGUAUCAUCUCCGACUUCGAGGCUCUGAAAAGAUCCUUUGAGGUUGAAGAAGCAGACCAGCCUCCAAAUUCUUCCACUCCACAAAGACGGACACCCAACCCUCUUGCGAGGUCCACAGUGUCCAGCUCCACACAGAAAUUCCAGGAUCUUGGCACCAAGAAUUCAGAGACCCCUUCCAGGCAUGUGGAGUCUGCACAAAGAUCUCCUAAAUCUUCUCUGAGGAGAGUUGAGCUCUCUGGACCAAAACAUCCUGAGCCAGUGUCCAGAAGAACAGAAAUCUCCAUUGAUAUCUCAUCUAAGCAAGUGGAGAAUUCCACCCCAGGAGCUUCAAGAUUUGGCCUCAAGAGAGCAGAUGUGCUGGGGCACAAGCCCCCUGAGACCGCUCCCAGGAGGACUGAGAUCAAUAUAGGCAAGCCUCAGGACCAAGCUCUUCGCAGAAUGGAAGUCCCCUCAAAGAUCCCCGAGCCAACACAGCGCAGAAUGGAAGCUGCUAGCCCACCUGUGCCUGAUGUUGCCACCAAACGUGUGGAAAUCCAGGUAGCAAAAUCUUCAGAGGUUCCAGUACCACCAGUUAGGCAGAAUGAAAACGUGGAGCUUUUCCCAACCAAUCAGCACCUGCCACCAGAACCAAAACUACAGCCAGCAGUGACUGAAAUUCCACCCAAAUGCCAAGAAGAGGCCAUUCCCAGCUACCCAAGCGGCAUGAUGGAAGCCACUCGAGAUGCUGGCAUCAAGCAAGCCCCACCAACGCGGACAGAGAAACCAGCUGCUGAUUUUGCCUAUGUUGGGAUAGACGCCAUCUUGGAGCAGAUGCGGAGGAAAGCCAUGAAACAAGGGUUUGAGUUCAACAUCAUGGUAGUCGGUCAGAGUGGCCUGGGAAAAUCUACUCUAAUCAACACCCUCUUCAAAUCCAAAAUCAGUCGCAAAUCUGUGCAGCCAAGUCCUGAAGAGCGCAUUCCCAAGACGAUUGAAAUCAAGUCAAUCACACAUGAUAUUGAAGAAAAGGGUGUUCGUAUGAAACUCACUGUCAUUGACACCCCUGGAUUUGGAGACCACAUCAACAAUGAGAAUUGUUGGCAACCCAUUAUGAAGUUCAUCAAUGAUCAAUAUGAGAAGUACCUCCAGGAAGAGCUUAAUAUUAACCGGAAGAAGCGGAUACCAGAUACCAGAGUCCACUGCUGUAUAUACUUCAUCCCUGCCACCGGUCACUCCCUCCGGCCGCUGGACAUUGAAUUCAUGAGGCGCCUGAGCAAAGUGGUCAACAUUGUGCCUGUCAUCGCCAAAGCAGACACAUUAACGCUAGAGGAGAGGGACUACUUCAAGCAAAGGAUCACAGCAGAUCUCCUUGCCAAUGGCAUUGAUGUCUACCCACAGAAACAGUUUGAUGAGGACUCUGAAGACCGACUAAUAAAUGAGAAAUUUAGAGAAAUGAUUCCAUUUGCUGUGGUGGGCAGUGACCAGGAAUACCAGAUAAAUGGAAGGCGAAUUCUGGGAAGGAAAACGAAGUGGGGCACAAUUGAAGUUGAGAAUACAACGCAUUGUGAGUUCGCAUACUUGCGGGAUCUCUUGAUCAGGACACACAUGCAAAACAUCAAGGACAUUACCAGCAGCAUCCAUUUUGAAGCCUACAGAGUCAAACGCUUGAAUGAAGGCCAGAAUAUGCUCUCCAAUGGCGUAGCUGACAAAGAGGAGUUGGUGGCCAAUGAAAUGUAACACUCCAUGCCUAAGCAAGGACCCAGCCUGCUCUCUUCCUCUCCCCCUCCUGCCCCACACUUUUCUUUUCGUUAAAAAAAACAACCAAGAAAAACCCCAUAUAAACUCUAUGCCACUGUUGUUUUCCCCUCUCCGCCAACAGUACCCAAGCUGCUGACAUUAACUGACCAAAUAACAGUACUUUUCUGUAAUAAAUGUAGUGUCUUUCUCUUUUCUAGUGUCUGUGAUGUGAAACAUCUAUUCUGUUCUUCUGUGUAGGCUGUAGUUACUGAUCCCUAGGCAGGGGAUGAGGUUGAGAGGGAACCUCAACAGGAUAUGCAUUGGUUUGAUGAUUUACUUUAGUUGUGGCCUCCUUGCCAUAGAUAGGUCCUUUACUGUAAUAGGUGAGUGUCCCUUUCUUGAAACUCUGGGGGAGCUCCUACUAAGGCUGAGAUGGACCUUGUUAGAAAGCACAGACUGACCCCCCCUCCCCUGUCCCCUUUGGUCAAUUGGGAGGUGAACUGUAAGUUUCAUAGACAGCUGCCCUAGUGUUGAAGUCUGGUGAAGUUGAAUGUGAUACCUUGUGUUGUGCCAUGAGUUGAAGCUAUUAAGUUAUGGGGCACAGGGCUGCGUGAAAGAGAGAAAAAUGUGCCGCACAUUCCAUAUCCUAUCCAUGCAGUUUCACCUCCAGUUAAAGCAACAAAAAAGUUGCAAUCCUGACCAGGUGAGGUUGAUCUGGAUGAGGAAGAUUUCAUUAGCAACUUGGUUGAUACAGGCCUGGUGAGGCACUGAUGGAUGCUAGGUCAGACACGCCACCAAAGCAUCUCUCCCCCCCCCCCAUAUGAAAGUGAGAGAGAAAAGAGAGGUGUUCCUGACUGCCUUCUUUGUUUCAGUGGUUCAAGCCUAUGGUAAUUUUUCUCUUGAGCCACUUGAUUUCCUAGUGCCAAAGGUUUACUGUUCUGUAAACCAGAGUGGGAAGGGGGAAAGCAUUGUGUGUUUGUUUUUAGUGUGUGUGUACGUGUGUUUGUGUUCCUCUCUCUUUCUUAUCUCCACCCAUUUCAAGUGAAGAUUUUCAUGACCUAGAUAAAAGUUUUUUAACGUGAGGGUAGAGUGAAUGGAGUAUUAGUAGAAGGCACAAUUCCACCCAGCACUAUGCACAUCUUACUCCCUGCAUGUCUGAUCUAUAUUCCCUUUCCUUU